AUGACGGACGAUACCCGCCGCCACUGGCACGGAUCAUCCGGCAAUCGCCACGAACACCACAACGCCUGGGUCGCCGGCGGAGCGAAAGGUCCCGCUGGACGAGCCCCUUGGGCUCUAACGCCUGAAAUGAUGAGCAAUCUAAAUGCCAGACGUGAAUCAACCGGCUCAACAAAUUCAAACACAUCCGCCACCGCCGCCGCCGACACCGCCGCAGCACACACUCAAAACCAAACCCCAAACCCACCAACAGUCAGCGAACGCCGACGCUCAAGUGCCUCCGGAAACGGCGGUCCGGGUCUAUUCUCCAACCUGCAGACGCAGAAGCGUGAGGGCGGUGGUUCGGAUAUGGCCGGUCGACGGGCGAGUUGGAAUGAGCAGUCUGCUAAGGGUGGGGUUUUUUCGAAACUUUGGCAGGAUUAUACGAGGGGUUCUUGA